GGCGGCCAUGGCGUGGCGGACGGCCGUGCAGCCGGCAGGCCUGUCCCGGGCCCGCUGGGCCCUGCCGGUCCUUCCGCGCUUUUUCUCCAUGCGGCCCCCCGGCUCCGCGCUGGAGGACAACCCCUUCUACGCCCGAUACCGACAGAAGAUCCAGCAGCUGCGCAGGUCCGACCCGGCGGCCUUCGAGUCGCGAUUGGAGGAGCGGGGCGCACUCCGGAAGCAGCCCCUGGGUCAGUCGAAGCAAGCGGAGUUCGUCCAGUACGUGGAGGAAAAGGCAGGAGCUGUGGACAGGCAACCACUGAGCAAAGGUUUCACCAGAAACAAGACCCUCGACUCGAUCCUCAACCUCGACCUGGUGAAAGACAAGACGGCCGAGGAGAUCGGACAGAUCUGGCAGCGGUAUUUUUCCGCGAAGGACACGGUGUUUGCCGUCAUUCCCGCCAAGACGUUUGACCUGAUCUGGACCCGGGCCCAGGCGUGUCCGUCGUUUCUGUGCGCCCUGCCCAGGAGGGAAGGAUACGAGUUCUUCGUGGGCCAGUGGUCGGGCACCGAGCUGCACUUCACCGCCCUCAUCAACAUCCAGACCCGAGGCGAUGCGGCGGCCAGCCAGCUGGUGCUCUACCAUUUCCCGGAGCUCAAGGCGGAGAAGGGCAUCGUCCUGGUCACGGCGGAGCUGGAGCCCACUUUUCUGACGGUCCCAGAAGCCCAGUGCCUAGCCAGCCAGGUGCAACUCUUCUACGCCACGGACUGCCAGCAGACCUUCGCGCUGGUGGAAACCUUCAACCACCGGCCCGGCGAGUUCAAACACAUGGCGGUCAUCACCGCGCUCCAGCAGAGCGGCCUCGGGGCCGACCUGAAGCUCCCGCCGGGUCCGGACCGGCCCUCCAACUGAGACCACGGGGCGGCGGGAGCCCAGCCCUGGAGAGGGACAGUUCCUUGGGCCCCCUGGCUCCAGCCCUGCGUGGCCUCCGCCCCCCAGCCCGCCACCCCAAGGAUGAGGCUUUCUUCCCAUCUGUUAAGCAGCUGAGGGAGGCAGGCCUCGGGGGGCUCUCCGGGCCUCACCCCCACCGCCCGCCCUAGGCCCGCGGUCCUGCAGGCCGUGCCCGGCAUCGGCAGGCGAACCCGCGAGCCCUCACCAAGGACCACCCCGGAGGGUUGGGUGGGUGGGUGGGUGGACGGAACACUCGGCUCUCCAGCCGGGAACCUUCCCGUCCCCGAUGAUGGAGCUCGGGCCGCUUCCGCCAGAUCUCUCAGGAGGGGUAAGGAAAGCGAUCUGGGCACCGUCCGGGCCCGGGUUGCCGGAGAAUCGGUCUGCCGGGCCCUGGGGGGUGACACCCAGGAUGUGGGGGUGGUCCCGGCGGGGAGCACUCCUCAGUCUUCCCAGCUUCGGAACCCGCCGGGGCCGGCCAAACCGAGGCAGGGGCACGUUCAAGUCCAGAGGAGGUGUCCGUCAGCACAGGUGGACUCUUAGGGCCUCGGGGCAGAGUGGCCCAGGGGAAGCAGCUGCCGGCUGGGAGUCAGGAGGUCAGGGCCCUCGUCCCCGCUCUGCCACAGGCCUGCUGGGUGACUUGGGACAAUUCACCGAACCUCCCUGGGCCUCGGUGCUCUCCCCUGUCAAAUGGGAUGAAGAUCCCAGUUCUCCCUCCCCUUAGGCUCUGAGCCCCACUGGGGCAGAGAUCCUGUCCGAGCCUAUUCACCCGGAAGCCACCCCAGUGUUCAGUGCAGUGCUGGGCACACGCUCGGCACGGAAUAAAUACUUUGGCUAUUAUUGGAAUUGUCCCUCA